UAGACUGAACCAAACAUGUAGGCUAAGUAGGGUAGAAUUUUUUUAGCGAACAGCUGAUACAAUGGCGCCACUGGACCUGGAUAAAUACGAGGAGAUUGCCAAGCAGUGUAAAUAUUUACCUGAAAACGACCUCAAGAAGUUAUGUGAAUAUGUAUGUGACCUAUUGCUAGAGGAAUCCAAUGUCCAACCUGUGUCCACCCCAGUGACAGUGUGUGGGGAUAUACACGGGCAGUUUUAUGAUCUGUGUGAACUCUUCAGAACCGGAGGACAGGUCCCAGACACAAACUAUAUUUUCAUGGGUGAUUUUGUUGACCGGGGAUAUUACAGCUUGGAGACGCUCACAUACCUGCUGGUGUUAAAAGCGAAAUGGCCUGACCGCAUCACACUUUUAAGAGGAAACCACGAAAGCAGGCAGAUAACCCAAGUGUAUGGAUUUUAUGAUGAAUGCCAAACCAAAUAUGGAAAUGCAAAUGCCUGGCGCUACUGUACCAAAGUAUUUGAUAUGUUAACAGUUGCAGCGCUGAUGGAUGAGCAGAUUCUGUGUGUUCAUGGGGGCCUCUCCCCGGACAUAAAGACCCUGGACCAGAUUAGAACCAUUGAGCGUAACCAAGAGAUCCCCCACAAGGGAGCAUUCUGUGACCUUGUGUGGUCAGACCCCGAGGAUGUGGACACCUGGGCCAUCAGCCCCAGGGGAGCUGGGUGGCUGUUUGGUGCAAAGGUCACCAAUGAGUUUGCUCACAUCAACAACUUGAAGUUGAUCUGUCGGGCACACCAGUUAGUCCAUGAGGGUUACAAGUUUAUGUUUGAUGAGAAGCUGGUCACAGUCUGGUCAGCUCCUAACUACUGCUAUCGCUGCGGCAACAUUGCCUCCAUCAUGGUCUUCAAAGACGCCAAUACGAGGGAGCCCAAGCUGUUCCGGGCAGUGCCCGACUCAGAGAGAGUCAUUCCACCCAGAACAACGACACCAUAUUUCCUGUAAACACUGCACUAACGAUCAUCAGCUUCCACCGCACUGUUAUCAAGCACCACAUUUGUAAUGCAUCACAUGCAGAGGAUCGACAACAACUCUUGUUGAAGUGACACCACUGAUUUUGUCAUUCCUAUUUUAUUAUAGUGUGUACGUUAUAUAUGUACUGCAUGUUUUUGUGUCUGUUGUAGCUCUGAUUACCAAUCCACAUGCAUUGACACAGAAGUACCAUAUCAAGUAAUACCACUGUUUUAGGUGAUAGCAGUGUCAAUAUUUUAUGUUUUUUAUCUAACGCAUGGCAUGUUAGAUUAAAUUCAUUAUGUUAGUUCACAAUAAGAAUACAUUAAGUGAAACAGGAUCACUUUUAGCCACUUUACAGGAUGAAGUCAGUUUGUUUGACUUGUUUCAGUUUCAGUUUGACUUGGGUCUAUUGCAACCUAUUCAGCCUAUAGAAUAUGUUAUUUCUCAGGUGUUUGGUUUUAUUUUUGUAAUUUCUAUUUAUUGAAUUUUGUUUAUCGUGUAGAUAUAUAUAAAUCACUCAAAUCAGAAACAGCACAUAUGAGCAAUAUUGUUUUUGUUCAGAAAUAUGUUUAAUGAGAAUUUAUUAAUGCACUUAGUUCUCUUGUAAUGUAGUAUUAUAAUAAAGCUAUAAGCCUGAUAAUUGAGGGAAGCACAUCUUAAGAUGAAGACCACUGAUCUAAAGAUGGGCAAGCCUAUGAGAGCAGUAAGCCUAGCUGUGGUUACUUGUGUGAACUGACUGUGAUACAGGAUGAGUUAAUAUGGAAAUUAUCAAAAUGAGAGAUUCUGCUAUUACUGUUAAUCAGUAAAUACAAGGAAA